AGUUGACCAAAUAACAUGUAUCUUUUCAUAUGGAAUACAAAGACGGGUCUAGCAUGAUCACGUUAGAUCGGCCAUUCAAGUGACUACACACAUUCGCCCACUUGGUGGCAGUGGAGAGGGCCGCGAUACCGUGUGUUGGAGUUCAGCAGCGGCAGCCGCAGCCGCAGCCGCAGCCGCAGCAGCCAACCGGAAACCAGAGAGUCAAGAGAGACGUCAUUUGUGUGACGUCACGGAUCCUGCGACAGAUCCUUCAAUCGGCAUGUUGCAGAAAAAGUAGGUAGAUAGAUGAUGCGCCUAAUUGGUACUUUUUGCCACUGACGACGAGGACAAGAUUUGUAGCGGAAUGGAGACGUGGACUCCCAACCCCCGAGCCAAGCCAUUUAUACCCCGCCAGCAAAGAAGCUUGUAUCUCACUUAUAAAUACAAAGUGUUCAACAAGAGGUCUAUUCGUCGCUUCUGUCAGGCUGGCGCUGUACUCUUUCUACUGGUAACUGUCGUAGUCAAUAUUAAACUCAUCUUGGACACAAGAAGAGUUGCUAAUGAAGAAGAAGCAGCAGCAGCAGCUCAAGAAUACGAGGACGUAAUGCCCAACAUGGAGACUCCUCGCAGACCAAAGGCAAACGGGCGCAAGGUCCUUGACAUUGAGGUGUACUCGAGCCGCUCCAAAGUUUACGUGGCAGUGGAUGGCACCACGGUGCUGGAGGAUGACACGCCGCAGCAAGGAAGAGGCAUCCAUGUGAUUGUUCUCAACCAGGCUACAGGUCACGUGAUGGCCAAGAGAAUUUUUGAUACCUACUCACCCCAUGAGGACGAAGCCAUGAUCCUCUUUGUCAAUAUGGUGACUCGAGGUCGAGUUCUUAUCUUCACCAUUAAGGACGAGGGUACGUUCCAUCUCAAAGAUGCGGCCAAAAACUUGCUGAAAAGUCUGGGGAGCCAGGUCUCGCUCCUUCUCAGCUGGAGAGACAUGUGGACUCUGGUGGUGAAAAAAGGAGGUCAAGUGUAUGGUGAAAAGCAUUCCAAAUCUCCUGCUCUUUCCACCUGGGGCGAUCCGGUUCUUCUUAAAACAGAAGUGCAGCUCACUGCCUCUGAAGAGGGCGAGUGCCAUUGGGCAGACACGGAGUGGAACAGGCGGCGGAAGCUGUUCUGCAGCAAAGUGGAGGGAUACGGCAGCAUCUGCAGCUGCAAAGACCCGGCGCCCAUUGAAUUCAACCCGGAACCUCUGCCCAAUAAUAGCGUCUUCAACGUCCCCGUCGCCGUCAUUGCGGGAAACAGACCCAACUAUCUCUAUCGGAUGCUCAGGUCGCUUCUUUCCGCUCAUGGUGUUAACCCGCAGAUGGUCACGGUCUUCAUUGAUGGCUAUUAUGAGGAGCCUAUGGAUGUGGUGGCGCUGUUUGGACUGAAGGGAGUUCAGCACACACCCAUCAGCAUUAAGAAUGCUCGGGUGUCGCAGCACUACAAGGCCAGUCUGACUGCAACGUUCAACCUUCAUCCGGAGGCCAAAUAUGCUAUUGUGGUAGAGGAAGAUUUGGACAUCUCCAUUGACUUUUUCAGUUUUCUGAGUCAGACCAUCCAUCUGUUGGAUGAGGACGACAGCCUGUAUUGCAUCUCAGCUUGGAACGAUCAGGGCUACGAACACACGGCAGAGGAUCCCGCCUUGCUCUACAGAGUGGAGAGCAUGCCCGGCCUGGGCUGGGUCCUGAAAAAGAGCCUCUACAAGGACGAACUGGAGCCCAAAUGGCCAACACCGGAGAAGUUGUGGGAUUGGGACAUGUGGAUGCGAAUGCCAGAGCAGAGGAAGGGCCGAGAGUGCAUCAUACCCGACGUGUCCCGCUCCUACCACUUUGGCAUCAUCGGCCUCAACAUGAAUGGCUACUUUCAUGAGGUGUAUUUCAAGAAACACAAGUUUAACACGGUUCCUCGCGUGCAGCUGAAGAACGUGGACAGCUUAAAGAAGGAUGCUUAUGAAGUGGAAAUACAAAACCUGUUGGGGGAGGCGGAGGUGCUGGACCACACCAAGAACCCGUGUGAGGACACCACGCUGCCAGACUCUUCUGUGGGCAAAAUCUACGUCAUGUUCAUUAAGAUGGAGUCUGAGACGGACACCUCCACCUGGACCGAGCUGGCUAAGUGCCUCCACGUUUGGGACUUGGAUGUUCGUGGAAAUCACCGAGGCUUGUGGAGGCUCUUUAGAAAGAGGAAUCAUAUCCUGGUGGUGGCCGUGCCAAUCUCCCCAUACUCUGUGAAGAAACCUGCCAAUGUCAAACCAAUCCACUUAGAGCCUCCCACCAAAGAAGAGGCUGCACCAGCAGAGCAGCUAUAACCCCCCCCCCACACACACACAGACAGACUUAAAGCCUGCUCACCACCACAACAUUUGAACCAGCUCAGGCCUUAAGAAAUUCUUCAACACAGGACCUGCAAACUUUCCUUUUUUUAUGAUAACAAAACACUGCUAAAUCAAUCUGCCAUUGCUAAGGGACUUUGAUUCUAUUUGCCUAAAAAUGGUGGGAACCUAUUUGAUGAACAAUUUUCCCCCAUUACUAUAUUGCUUGAUUUUUCUGCAGAAGAUACCUACUUUGUAGGCACUUUAUUGCAAUCCCUUUUUAAAGUGCUUUUUAUGUUCAUAUAAAUACUGUACAGUAUUGGAAGUACAUCAAAAUAGCUGAAUAAUGUCCAUAUUUCAAAUAAUGAACAUUUGCUCCGCUAAUCAAGCUGAUUGGAGGCUUUCUUGAAUGGAAAUUAGUCCAGGGUUGGAGAAGGAUAGAAAUUAUACAGCUGUUCUUUUGAGAACGCAAGACAAGACUCAACCCAAACUACCUAGCCACAACACAACACACAGCACCUAUCAAUACUGUGCACUAUUUUCUUUUCAACGGGUUACAUUGCAUUUCAAAUGUGUCAGAACAAGCUGUCGUGUUAAAAGCGCAUGGGAGGUAUGAGACGAUGUAUCUAAAAAAAAAAAAAAAGGCCCAGCUACUACGGGUUGGUUUGGAACACAUCCCACGCAAUAAACAGGAUCAUGGUGUUUGCCUAAGAAAGAAAAUGGUCAACAGCACAUUUUAGUCCGAGAUGGAUUUGUGGCACUUAAUGGAUUUGUGGCACUCAAUGUCAGUUUUUACCCUGAUUUCAAAAAUGUCUUUACUCUCAUCAGUCAGCUUGUGCACUCUUGAUUUGACCAUACAUUGUAAUUCAUACAGUGCCGAUGAUGUUUCAAGGAAAACCAAAUCCACCUGUUGAUGAACCUCAUCCUUUAAUCAUAUACGUACAUGAAAACCUGACGUGGAAGAGAAACAAACAAACAAACAGGCAAAUUUGGGGGGAAAAAAAACCCAUCCAGAAAAGUUGACUGAUUAAAGAAAAGAGCAGUGUUACAUAGUUAUGGUGUCAAAUUUUCUUUCUUUUAACUACUGAGAGCUUCGGCCACAAACUGUUUAAGUUAUCUGUAUUUAUUUGUCCCUUAUCAAUGAAAGUGUUUGCUUUUCUUUUGUCUCUAUUUCAAGAUUCAAAAUGAUGAUCAUGUAUGUAUGUGUAUAUAUAUGUAUAUAUUUUGAGGAAAAAUGUUGCAUAUGUAUUUUUAACUGUGGAGGUUGAGGAUGGUUCUUUAAAAAGCCCUGUGGGUUUUUAAUAUUGACUGCAUGGCUCAGUUGCCUCUGGUUGGAUUUCUUUUCUUUGUAGGACAUCAAACUGAGAAAAUAUUCCGAUUGAGGCCCUGGAAAAUGCAUGAACAUCAAGAAUAUUCUGAUUUGUACAACUCCAAGUGACAUUAAAGUUGCGGAAAACUC